AUGCUCAUCAAAGCGCUCUGGCUGGUCACUUUUGUUUGCACCCUCUGUAUCCCAGCAUACCCAACUGCCGUACAAAGAAACAGUGGAACAAUCCGACGAACAGGCCCAAUCCAUCCUGUUCUUGGCGUGCGUGGACUGGGCAUCGAUACUAUACAUCCCAGAAUAGAGAUACGAGAGUUGGAACGGAAUAAAGAUCAGUUCAACGUCUAUCUGUUGGGCUUGCGACGACUGCAGAGUAUAGGUCAAUACGACAAGUUCUCCUACUAUCAGAUCGCAGGAAUACACGGGCGGCCUUAUAUACCGUGGGAUGAGGUUGGAAAACAUCCGAACGGAAGCAACGGCUACUGCGCUCACGGCAGCAACCUGUUCCCCACAUGGCACAGGCCCUAUCUUGGCCUGAUAGAAGAACUGCUUUACUCCAAUGCCCAACAAACAAUCUCAGAGUUUCCGGUUGGAGAAGCGAGAGAUAGGAUGUGCAACGCCCUGGUUACCUUUCGAAUGCCAUAUUGGGACGCCGCUGCUAUACCGCCCAAGGACACGAGCUCCUUCCCCUCAAUUGUACAACAGGAUAUGGUCGAGAUUGAAGUUCCAAGUGGAGAGUCAACGAUGACAAUAUCCGUUGCGAAUCCGCUGUACGCUUACUACUUCCAUCCUUUGCCAGUUGACGACUCCAAGAGUGUACCGUGGAUACUCUGGAAUUCAACGAAGAGAUAUCCGACUAGUAUGGCCGGCAGCGAUGUCCAGUAUCAGUAUUCCGCUGUCAUACGCGCGCAACACAUGGGUCCUUGGGGUGUUUCCAAGGUCUUCGUCUUCUUGGACGCAGACAUGAACAUCAACACCGGACCUGCAAGUACUCAGGCAUGGAUCUCGGAGUCUGGGUUCGUUGGAUACGCGGGAUUCCAGAAUACUAUUGGUGUGGAGGAGACCGAGAUGAAGACCAAUGGCGUGGUCGUAUUGACAGUAGCGCUAGAAGACGGGAUGCGCAUGGGGGAACUGCGCAGUAUGGAUGCGAUUGUCGUUGGAACGUAUUUGCAGGAGAAGCUACACUGGUUGCUUGUUGACGCCAAUGACAAUGUCAUCGCUCUUGAGCGCGCGUCCGGCUUCUCGAUCGGGGUGUCGUGGGCGAAGAUGACGCCAGGUACGGCAAGUACACUGCCUGCCUGUAGUUUUGGGUAG